AUGCCACCAAAUCACGAAAUCGUUGAAAUUAGUUUAACAUGCGAAGGAAACUUUCUUGAUCCCACAUUGAAGCAAAAAUUAUAUGAUAUCAAAGAUAAAUUGCAGCAUAUUUUGCAUACUGGUCGCCAUCAACAUUUCGAACUGAAGAAAAUUGAACCUUGGAACAGUGUGAAAGUCACAUUCGACAUUCCCAAAGAAGCUGCUGAUCGCCUAAAAUUGCUCGCUAUUCAAGGAAAUAAACGUCUGAAAGAACUGGGCAUAUUGUCUGUUGAAAUUGGUCAUUCAUCCGCUAUUUCAUUGAAACAAAAUGAUAAUACAACAAAUACGAACAGUAUUGAUUCACAACGAAAAUUUUCUCCUACCUCAAAAAAUAUUGUUGGAUUAUUAUGUGACAAUUUACAUCACUCACUUUCUACACCAUCGGCGACUUCCUCAACGACAGAAUUGCCAUAUCUGGGCGUCAGCAAUGACACAAUCUCAACCGGACGAAGAAAAGGAACAGAUCAACAACCGACUCAACGUCGCCGUACAAGGGACCCGUCUACAACAACAAAGCGAAGAAAGCGGACGAAAGCAUCCGAUUCAAAUGCCCAACAAAUUACAACUGCUAGUGAUUCAAAAUUAUCUACAAAAGCAAUGGUUCAGGCGUCUACUUCCGAUACAGCAAUUUAUAAUAAUAACAAUAAUAAUACACUAUUAUCGGAUACUUGUAAUCAAUCGUCAUCUUCUACGAACAUUGAUCAGUAUAUUAAUUCGAACAACAAAUCAGGAACAGUAUCAUAUCCAACUAACUCAGGAGCAAUUCAUGGUCAGCAUCAACAUACUCAACGAACAACAACAAAUGAUAUUAAAACCGUUUGUCCACAACAGAAUUCAGCACUCUCACCAACAUUCACCAGGCCAUUAUCAACAGCAGGAACAAAUCAAAAAUUUCAAUAUAUUCACAAACGAACGAAUUCUCUAUCACCCACACAACAUCAAACAACAUCAGAUGAUUUAUCGGUUAGUGGACGACCAAUGCAGAUAGGAAGUACACCAAGCUAUCACUCUCCCCAUCCCCAACAACAACAGCAACAGUUUCAUCAUCCGUUACAUCCUCAUUUACAGCAACAUAAUAUGCUUCCUUCUCACACACAACAAAACCAACAAAAAACAAUGCCAAUGCCAACAUAUAACUCCUCUCAUCCAAAUAACCAGAAUGCAACAGGUGUUUAUGUUAGAAAUAAUAGCCAGCCAUCACAAACAAGUCCAUGCUCGAUGAGGCAAAACAACGUCACUACUAAUAUGGGCUCGUAUAUGAAUAAUGCUGAACUCGCACGCAAACAGAAUUUGUCCCGUUCAACUUCGGCAAAUUAUACGAACAAUAACGAUAUGAAUUGUAAUAAUGAUCUGUUAAAUAACGAUGUAUGGCUCUCCUAUCCUGAUCAACAACAACAUCCCAUUUAUAAAACAAAAUUAAAUGGUAUGCAUAUGUCACCUCCAUCAUCCACAAUGUCAAUGAAUACACCACCGUCGCUUGAUUAUAUUCGUACGUUACUACCCAAUAAUAAUGCAUUAGUCGAUCCACAACAAGGCGGAAAUCUUUUAUUAGCUUCUCCGCUUGGGCAAACAAAGUAUAGUGGCGUUUCCUCAUUGUUUUGUAAACACCAACAAAAUUCAUCAUACGGUAUGAUGUUACCAUCACCGAAUACGAGACCAGUCUGUUCAGUACCGUCCUCGAAUUUUAAUCCAAAUAAUCCUUCAUCGAUGUUAAUGUUAAAUACCACAAACACUGGACGUACGUCAGCCAAUUCAGUCGUGGGGGUUUUUGGUAAGGAUUGA